AUGAAGCCUAACUUGAGGCCUUCAGUUUUAAAGUUAGGGCUCGCCCUUGUUGCCGUUGCUAAGACCACAACUGCAAUUAAUGCUCCUUCAACUUCUGAUUACUUUGUACGUAAUUUACCCGGUCUUCCUGAUGAUGCGAAUCUCAAAAUGCAUGCUGGACAUAUUAACAUCGAUGAAAAGACUAGUUCUAACAUAUUCUUUUGGUUAAUUCAUAAUCGUCACAUUGCCGACAAACCAAAAUUUAUUAUAUGGCUUAAUGGCGUUAUCAGAAUAUUAGUACUUAUUAAAAAUCAACCUCAAAGUAUGGAUGGCGUAUUUCUUGAAACUGGUCCCUGGAGAAUAAAUAGCAAUCAGACAUUGAGAUUGAUCGAUGGAGCAUGGAAUGAAUAUGCUAAUCCUAUUGGAACUGGCUUUAGUUUUGCUAGUAGUGAUAGUUAUUUACGUAACGUAACACAGAUGUAUAUUGCUGGUGAAAGUUUUGCGGGUACUUUUAUACCUUACAUAGCUUCGGCAAUCUUAAAGCGUAAUAGUGAAAGAAAAAGUUCUGUUAAUAUGAGGUAUAAUUUCAAAGGAAUAGCGAUUGGUAACGGGUGGAUUGACCCUAUCACACAAUACAAUGCAUAUUAUACCUUUGCCGUAGAACAUAAUCUCUUGGAUGAAAAGAAUAAGGCUCUUGCCAAAGACAAGCUUGAUAUUUGCAUGAAGGCACAAAAAGAAAAGGUCAGAAUUCAUUUAGAUGAGUGUGAGCAAAUUCUUCUUUUGAUUUUGGAUAGUUCGCGUAAACGUAUUGGAAAGAAUGAAACAUGUGUAAAUCAAUACGAUAUUCGAGACCAUUCUGAUUCAUACCCUUCUUGUGGAAUGUCAUGGCCUUAUGACCUUAAAACUAUUUACACAUACUUAAGGCGUUCUGACGUUAUCGGUGCAAUUCAUGCUGGCGCACAACAACUCGGCUGGACAGAAUGUAGUAGUAGAGUAGGUCAUGGCUUUGAUAAUGAUCCAAGUUCACCUGCUGUUCAGUUAUUGCCUUCGAUUUUAAAACAAAUUAAUGUUUUAUUAUACGUUGGAGAUCAAGAUCUCAUUUGUAACAAAAACGGUAUAGAAGAUAUGAUAAAGGGGCUGGAGUGGAAUGGAGCUAAAGGUUUUAAGAAUCUUACCGAAAAGCACUGGUUUGUUAAUAAUGAGCUAGCUGGGCAUAUGUUGUCAGAAAGAAAUCUUACAUAUGCGGUAGUUCACAAUACUAGUCAUAUGGUACCUUAUGAUAAACCAGGAGUUAGUAUGGCAAUGAUGUAUAGGUUUAUGGGAAUAGAUAAACAUAUUGAAACCAAAUUUCAGAUCAAAUUUGAUUUGGAUAACACCACAACUCCGGCUUCGAACGCAAAUGGCACAAUGUAUAAUGGCGAAGAUAGUGAAAUAUUGAAUCGAUAUUACAACGCUGGAACUGCCACACUCAUCGUUGUUGUUUGUGGUGUUAUUGCUUUGGCUGUCUUUGUGUUUCGUGGAAGGUUUAGACGUAGGAAGAGUGUUAGUCAAGUAAUGAAAGCCGCUGUAGAGAGUUCUGAUAGUGAAAUGGCCGAACUUGUUAUUGAGACUCCACUAAAUUCAGAGGAUAUUGACCAUUUUGGAGAUAGUGACGAAGAGGACAAUCAUGAUCAUGAUCAGUCACUUCUCAAUUCUAAAACACAAAGUGAUCAAAACGAUAUCGAAUUCGAAUGA